AUGUCGGAUACGGAAUCGGAUGUCGACGUCGAGGUCGACACUAUGUCCAAUUCUGAAAUUCGGGAGCUGAACAAAAAAGAAGCGAAGCAGAACGCCGAGCAGGGAGUGAACACAGUACAGAAUGCGGAAAGUGAAAUUAAGAGAAUGACAGCAAAAGGUAAAAAUGACUUGAACGAUUCUUUAAAACAAUUGGUUUUUACAGAAGUACAAGACUUCUUGGUCACCAACUCCACUUCGGUCACAAUGACUGCUGCGAGGGUUCUGCAAAUGAAAGCUCUUCAAAAUGUCGAUGCAGGGUAUUUCCAAAUUCUACAAAUCCACGGAUUCAUCAAGUUCAAUGAGUCGAUGAGACUGAAAUCGUUCCUGAAGGAGUGCAUGACACAGACAGCGUUCAUCAACCGAUUGGUAAAGUAUGCAGCGCAGUACUGUUACAAUGAGUCUAACACGAACUCGAUCAUGAAGUGGUCACAUAUGAUGAAAUGCCGGACAGAGUACGAAUGGGCAACUGCAUUCAACAAAUCGGUUCUUUCUUCUCCAGACAGGGAAACGGAACUUCUCGCGACUCAAAUCAUGCUGCUUCCGAAUCCUUCUGGAAAGCACGCUGUAAGUUUUACAAGCGUUCUUUCGCGUGUGUUUUCCGCAAUUGCCACGAAGGGCGACUUACCACCAUGCUUCGAACAUUUGAUGAAAAUCAUUUUCCGAAACGUCGAACAUAAAUUGCUGGCAAAAGCUGACCUUGAAACUAUCAUCAGAUACUAUUUGUUUGGUUGCUACGAGAAGGUUCUAGAGUGGAAACAAGUAGAGAACAAGAAAUUCGCUAGAGAAGGGGUGCUGUACAGAAAAGGUCACAAACUCAGCAUAGAAAAUGAGGCUCAGAACAAAUUCCUUGCAAUUUCUUCUCAAAUUGCUAACAACACGUUUGGAGUCAUUCAGAAUACAGAUGAGAAUGCCGCUCAAAUGUUCCUUCAAGACCCUUGCUUCGACGUUGAGAAACCAUCCGCACUCUUCAUCGAAUAUUUCCUUCAGUACACUAAAUUCGGAAUGUUCCCAGAAAGAAGUAGUGAUAAGAUGAUCGCCUGGAACUACUACUACGAUGACCGUUGGUGUGGAUACGGUCGAAAUGAUUUGUUUGGUGACAAUGCUGAACUAUCGAAUUGUAAAAAGUGGUUCGCUGACUUCAAGCAUGCUGGAGAAAUCGAGGAUCACCCCUACCAUCAACAAUUGAUCAUGACUGCUAAAGUAUUCGAUUGGAUGAGAGCCGAUCCAAAGUUAUUCGCUAAGCUCAUGGAGAAAUAUGGAUGUGAGGAUCUCAUUCGAUACUUCGCCGUGGCUCUCUCGUUCGCGGGAUCGUUCAAACAAGUCCUCGAUCUAUUCAACGAGUACAAAGACAAAGUGACAUCUCCCACUCCAUUUUACAGUAUUCGACUGUGCUACUUGUUCAGUUGUGCGCAGGUGAGUGUUGAAAAUUAUAUUUCAUGUGAAGGAAUGGCAAACGAAGCGCUCGUAGUCUGGGCAGAAGUCAUGGACGCUGCUAUUAAAGCAAACCUUCUGAGAACUCUGAAGUUCAAGAUGAAUAGUUUCCCACUUCCAUUCUUCGUUGGCAUCUCAUAUGUUGGACAGUUUGCCACUCGUCUUCUGAGGAACUGUCUGUGGUCUGCGGCGAGAAAAGAAGGUUCUGAAGGGUGGAAGAAGUACGCUACGAUCAUUCUCUACCUCUGUGACACUCUGGAAGAGACGUUUUUGAAUCAUAACAUGCCACGUGUCAUGUUCCAGCUCAUGGAAGCCAAUGAUUUACCAUUCCUGCUUCGUCCCGGACUUUCCAAAUGCUUUAUCCACCACAAAGGAUAUUGGGAUUGUCUUCACAUAGCUAGAAAGAAAGGAUGUGAGCUUCCACAAGAGAUGCUGAAUGACGUCUUCGUUCCACUCAAAAAAUACGCUGAGAACGCCAAUCCCACUGAUUUCCUGGAAGUGUACCGAAAAUUCAGAAAACUGGAUCCCAUGUUCUACGGAGUGAUGAACGAUCUUCCCAUGGAGUUGUUCAACGAAGUUGAUAAUGGAACCAAGUUGACAGUGAGGGAGGACGUGCCAGAAGCAACCCGUGAAAUCAUUGCAAAAAUUGUCGAUUUCAAUAAUGAAAGAAAUAAGGAGCUGAAAGCUGAAAAACAGAUACAGGACGAGUUGGAUCGGGAAGAAAGAAAGCGUGUCAUGAAGGAGUAUGAGGAGGCCAGAAGGGACCUCGAAGAUGAUGAGGAUGACUGGGAGAUGGAGCACAGAAUGAGAAUCCACGAGGAAACUAUUCGACAAGGACUUAUUCCGUUCUUGGCACUGGAAGAAUAUCAAAAAUACACAUACUCCAGAGGAGACCUCUCAGUGGAAAUUGAUUCAGAAGUGGAUUAUGAAAUCGAUUCUGGUGUUGAACAAGAUAAGGAGCCAGCAGUUGUGCCAAUAGUUGAACCACAAUACGCCGUCCCGAAAAUUGUUCCAAAAAUCAUGUCAGUUGCUGAGCGAACGAGAAUCAUUGACCCGAAGGAAUACAACCCAUAUAGAGACUAUGAACCGUCGAUCCGAAAUGAUUAUGAACCGCCGAUAACCCUAUCAGAGACGACAAUAACCCAAUCAGAAAUACCGAAAGGAUUGUAUUUUAUUCCGCUUAGUCAGAGAACAAGCUUCGGGUCCACUGAAAACCAUCUCGCCCACUUGAAGGAUGUCGUUGAGAAGUUGCCAUCAUUUCCAGAUUCAGAUGACCAAUCGAACGAAUCGAACGGCUAUUUUUCAUCUGAAUAUGAUGCGGAUUGUGAAAUGCCAUCCUGUUCGUCGAGCUAUGACUUGAUGUAA